UUGACAGACACCGCUUGGCAUCACUGUUUUCUUCAACGCUCGACGGAACCAAAACGUGGGCAGGCCUCCUGUUGCUGGAAUGCAGACUACGAAGGCGCAAACAUAUUCGGGUGUCGAAAUCCCCUCUCCUGUACCGCUGACAGCGCUGUUUUCGAGUCACAUGCAGCCUUGAGUGAGCGUACGCGGAGCAGACACAGGAGAGUCCUGAUGGCGACAUCAAUGCCGACCGGCUACCGGCAGAAUGCGCCCCGACCACAAUGGCACCAAGCGUCCCUCGGGGAUCCGAUGCCUCGAUGCGACUCGUACAGAAGGUGGAAGCUAAAUCUUGUCUCGGUGCUUCAGGUGUUCUGGGAUCCGCCAUCCGAGAUGCCUUCAACGCCGCAAAUACGGAACUACUCAGCCUCUCUCACACGCGAUCUGGCGAUAACCUGACGCAGCUGGACCUUCUCGACUUUCCUGCAGUAGAAAAGGUCUUUGGGGAGUUUAAACCAGACUGGGUGAUUCAUUGCGCAGCGGAACGUCGACCAGACGUCGCAGAGAAAGAUCCUGAAGCAGCCCGCAAACUAAACGCUGCAGUGCCCUUGCACCUAGCAAAGCUCUCCAAGACCCUGGGCUUCACUCUUGUGUACAUCUCCACCGACUACGUGUUUGACGGAACGGCUCCACCGUAUUUCCCGACUUCGAAGCCUCACCCGCUGCAAUUGUACGGCGAGACUAAGCUUGCUGGAGAAGAGGCUGUUCGAGACGGGAACUCCGUCAUUCUGCGCGUCCCCGUCCUCUAUGGACCGGCACCAAACAACUCGGACAGUGCUGUGAACAUCCUUCUCGAUGUGGUCCAGGAUCAAUCGGGCAAGACAUACAAGAUGGAUCACUUCGCAACCCGAUACCCCACCAACGUCAUCGAUAUUGCCAACUUUCUCGCGAGAUUGACGGGCGAGUUCUCCCUGCCCGAGCCUCUUCCUGCCAUCAUCCACUAUUCCGGCGCGGAACCAUUCACGAAAUACGAGAUGUGUCUCAUCUUCAGCAAGAUCCUCGGCGUUCCUCACGCCCAUAUCAUCCCAGAUGCGGAGCCUCCUAGUGGAGCUGGAGCGACAACGCGACCUCGCAACUGCCAGCUGGACACCGCAGCGACGGAGGACCUGGGACUGGAAGAUGGACUCGGGCUCUCCCUGUUCGAAGAGUGGUGGACUGUGCAUUUGAAGAAAUGA